AUGAUUGUGCGGGGCCUGCUUGCGGUCGUCCUUGGCCUCGCCGUUGCCUGCCAGAGCCUCGCUGCGUCCGCGCGCCCGCACCAUGCGGCGCGACGACGGAUCCAGAGCAUGCAGAAGAAGAAGCUGCUCGACGACGGCCCAGAUUACGAGUGGGAGGAGCGGUGGUUCGACACGCUCGAGGACAACUUCGGGUUCCAGCCGGAGGCCCGCACCUUCCCCCUCAGAUACCUGUUUAACGACUCGUGGUGGACCCCAGACGACAACGGGCCGAUCUUCCUGUACGCCGGCAACGAGGGCGACAUCGAGACCUUCGCGGACAACACGGGCCUCAUGUGGGAGCUCGCGCCCGAGUUCGGCGCCCUGGUCGUUUUCGCGGAACACCGCUUCUACGGCAAGAGCAUCCCGGGCCGCGGACGCGCGGCGCAGCUGUUCCCGGACGACGUGGCGUCCGCGGACAGCGCGGACCUCUCGCUGCUGACCGUCGAGCAGGCCAUGGCGGACUACGCGGCGCUGUCAAUGCACCUGAAGGACAAGCUCGACGCGCAGGGGUCCCCGAUCAUCGUGUUCGGCGGCUCGUACGGCGGAAUGCUCGCGACGUACAUGCGCGUGCGGUACCCGUGGGUGUUCGAGGGGGCCGUCGCCGCGAGCGCCCCGAUCCUGUACUUCUCGGGGGAGGCCGACGGGGGCUCGUUCUACGACAUCGUCUCGCGGGACUUCGCGGCGUGCGCGGACUCGAUCCAGCGCUCGUGGCAGGCCAUGGAGGACGUCGCGUCGUCCGACAAGGGCUCCCAGCGCAUGCUCGAAGCCCUCGGCAUCUGCACGGGCGGCAAGGACGACGACGGCGCUCUCGGGUGGCGCGACGUCCGCGAGUGGGUCGCCGGCGUCUACGUCACGCUCGCCAUGGUCAACUACCCCUACCCCGCCUCGUUCCUCGGCCCCAUGCCCGCCUGGCCGGUGUCGCGCGCCUGCGAGGCCUUCUCCGGCACCGCCGACGGCGAGGACCUCCUCCGCGAGGUCCGCGACGCGGUCAGCGUCGCGCUCAACUACACGGGGAGCUGCGACUGCGAGUGCUUCGACGUCGAGGCCCCGCAGCCUGGUCUGGAUGUCGAUGUGUGGGAGUACCAGACGUGCACGGAGUUCGUGGAGCCGCUCGAGAUGGACGGGGAGAACGACAUGUUCUGGCGGGAGCCGUUCGUGUUCGACGACUGGUCGGACCACUGCUACGACGAGUUCGGCGUGCGCCCGCAGAGCGACCGCUACGCAAAGAUGGCGUACGGCGGGAAGGACCUCCGCGCGGCGACCAACAUCCUCUUCUCGAACGGCGACCUCGACCCGUGGUCCGGCGGCGGGGUCGGCGUCGGCGCGCGGCGGCGGGGCGGUCCGGGCGCCCCCGACGACUAUAAGCAGCUGGUGUUUGUGGAGAUAGCGCAGGGGGCGCACCACCUGGACCUGCGGGCGCCGAACAAGCACGACCCGGAGUCGGUGCGGACGGCGCGGGACAAGGAGAUCGCGGCGAUCAAGUCGUGGGUGGCGGGGUACUCUCGGCCGCUGUUCGGGGGGGACUACUCGCACAUGGCGCACUGGCGCGUGCUGCUGCUGGGGAUGGGCGUGGGGCUGUCGGGCGGGAUCAUCGCGACGACGAUCGUCGCGGGCCUCGUCGCGAUGGGCCACGUGAACCGGGAUGCGGAGGGCGAGGAGCACGAUGCGCUGCUGGCGUGA